AUGAUCAGUCGUUCAUUAUCACAUAUCUAUCAAGUGUCGAAUGAUUUUAUCGAUAUCACAUCGCCGGCCAAAACUCUUCGAGAAGAAGCAGCACUUCUUCCAUCUGAUGCUCCCGAUCGACGGGAGCUAUUUCAAACAGCUAUUCAAACAUUUCCCACCCAUUCAUCCACAUUAACACAAACAGCGCAUUUAGUUACCAAUGGAACUUCUUGUCGGUGGAAACCAUCAACAUCAUCGUUUCACAACUUAUGGGAAGAUUCUCACAUUGUCUGUUCGUCUCCUCACUGGCAGGCUAUUUUUCUCGAAGAAGCAAUUAUUCACGAUACUCAACAAACAGAAAAAGUCAUGGCUGAUUUGAGUCCUUUGAUUAUCGUUGAUAGCACUUCGAAUGUAAUUCAGAUGCGAAAUGUACCACUCGAAGAAACUUUUCCAUAUGAUGCGUUAUAG